AUGAACCACCGCGCGUGGCCUGAAGCGAAGCCUCCCGCCCGCUUCCUCCAGUUCCUUCCCCACCUGUCCGGCCUCCUAGCCCGGUGCUCUCGGCGCGGGAGGGGGCAGCUCGCAGACCCCCAGGUCUCGGCUUCCCGGAACUCCCCCGCCCACUCACUCCCCUGUCCCCGGCUACCGGCACUGGCAGGCGCUGUGGCUUCCGCGCAGUGGUUGCUGCAUUUAAAUGUCUGGCACCUAGGGAGAAGGGCGCAGUCGCGGAGCAGCCCCUGCUCCCGGCAUCUAGAGGGGCCCAAACCCCCGCGUGCCCACGCCGAGCCCCGCGCGCAGCCCACGUGGACUGAGGGAGUGAGUAUCGGCCCACGGGCAGCUGCAACCGCGCACAGCUGGAGCUGGCGGGGCGGAGGGCCGGCCGGGACCCCGCGGGGAAGGAGGCUUCCUUCCCAGCCUCCUGCUGCCCGGAAAUCCCCCCGGCUCUCAGACAACACGCAGCACGGGGUCCUGGGGGGAAGGAGCGGGGCGGGAUACAGGGAUGGGGAGGGCUGGCUGAGCCGGAGGCCCGGGCCACCCUCCCCCAGGCCGCGCGGCUUCAAGAAAGCAGAAGCGAGCCCUGCCCCGGGGAGUCCCACAGGAGCCGGGAUCUGGGAAGAGAAACUUGCGGACGAGGGAGUUGGAGCUGUGGACCCCCGGCCCCCGCCCGGGCGUCCUGCGACGGAGGAGGGUCUCUGGGUCGGACAGGGGCCACCUCUUGGCCCGCCCCUUGUCGCUGGACGUCCGAAGAUUGGGCCAUUUCCCUUGCCGCGCCCUUACCGCUUAUCGGGGUGCGCCCGGCCCGGCCCGGCCCGCCCCACCCAGCCCUCCGCUCGCGCCCGGAGAGGAGGGGCCGCUGGUGCAGCGCCCCGGGACCCCGAGAGGCCGCCGCGGCACAUCCGGACCUCCGCCGCUCUCGCGCCCUCUCAACUAUCCUGGGAUUCCCGGGCCCACCCGACCCAGCGGCGCGACCCUGGCCCUCCGGGACCCUCCGCUGACUCCACCGCGCACUUCCCGGGACUCCCAGACACAUCCCAGCCCUCCAGCCCAUCCCUCCCUACUCGGUGCCGGCUGCGGCUCCGGCUUUUGGCGCUGCUGCUCCUGCUGCUGCCACCGCCCGCGCGCGCCCCGAAGCCCUCGGCGCAGGAUGUGAGCCUGGGCGUGGACUGGCUGACUCGCUAUGGUUACCUGCCGCCACCCCACCCUGCCCAGGCCCAGCUGCAGAGCCCUGAGAAGUUGCGCGAUGCCAUCAAGGUCAUGCAGAGGUUCGCGGGGCUGCCGGAGACCGGCCGCAUGGACCCAGGGACAGUGGCCACCAUGCGUAAGCCCCGCUGCUCCCUGCCUGACGUGCUGGGGGUGGCGGGGCUGGUCAGGCGGCGGCGCCGGUACGCUCUGAGCGGCAGCGUGUGGAAGAAGCGAACCCUGACAUGGAGGGUACGUUCCUUCCCGCAGAGCUCCCAGCUGAGCCAGGAGACCGUGCGGGUCCUCCUGAGCUAUGCCCUGAUGGCCUGGGGCAUGGAAUCAGGCCUCACAUUUCAUGAGGUGGAUUCCCCCCAGGGCCAGGAGCCCGACAUCCUCAUCGACUUUGCCCGCGCCUUCCACCAGGACAGCUACCCCUUCGACGGGUUGGGGGGCACCCUAGCCCAUGCCUUCUUCCCUGGGGAGCACCCCAUCUCCGGGGACACUCACUUUGACGAUGAGGAGACCUGGACUUUUGGGUCAAAAGACAGCGAGGGGACCGACCUAUUUGCCGUGGCUGUCCAUGAGUUUGGCCACGCCCUGGGCCUGGGCCACUCCUCAGCCCCCAACUCCAUUAUGAGGCCCUUCUACCAGGGUCCGGUGGGCGACCCUGACAAGUACCGCCUGUCUCAGGAUGACCGCGAUGGCCUGCAGCAACUCUAUGGGAAGGCGCCCCAAACCCCAUAUGACAAGCCCACAAGGAAACCCCUGGCUCCUCCUCCCCAGCCCCCGGCCUCGCCCACACACAACCCGUCCUUCCCCAUCCCUGAUCGAUGUGAGGGCAAUUUUGAUGCCAUUGCCAACAUCCGAGGGGAAACUUUCUUCUUCAAAGGCCCCUGGUUCUGGCGCCUCCAGCCCUCCGGACAGCUGGUGUCCCCGCGGCCCGCGCGGCUGCACCGCUUCUGGGAGGGGCUGCCCGCCCAGGUGAGGGUGGUGCAGGCCGCCUAUGCUCGGCACCGAGACGGCCGAAUCCUCCUCUUCAGCGGGCCCCAGUUCUGGGUGUUCCAGGACCGGCAGCUGGAGGGUGGGGCGCGGCCGCUCACGGAGCUGGGGCUGCCCCCGGGAGAGGAGGUGGACGCCGUGUUCUCGUGGCCACAGAACGGGAAGACCUACCUGGUCCGCGGCCGGCAGUACUGGCGCUACGACGAGGCAGCGGCGCGCCCGGACCCCGGCUACCCUCGCGACCUGAGCCUCUGGGAAGGCGCGCCCCCCUCCCCCGACGAUGUCACCGUCAGCAACGCAGGUGACACCUACUUCUUCAAGGGCGCCCACUACUGGCGCUUCCCCAAGAACAGCAUCAAGACCGAGCCGGACGCCCCCCAGCCCAUGGGGCCCAACUGGCUGGACUGCCCCGCCCCAAGCUCUGGUCCCCGCGCCCCCAGGCCCCCGAAAGCGACCCUCGGGUCCGAAACCUGCGAUUGUCAGUGCGAGCUCAACCAGGCCGCAGGACGGCGGCCUGCUCCCCUCCCGCUGCUCCUCUUACCCCUGCUGGUGGGGAGUGUAGCCUCCCGCUGAUGGGAGGAGCCAUCCAGACGGAACAGCGCCCUCCACGGCCGAGUCCCCCGCCGCUGGACCUGGUCGGGGGUUGUGAGGCGCUGCGGAGGCCCCUUGUCUGUUCCCACGGACGGGGGCUUGGGCGCGGACUAAGCGGGGUGGAUCUCCCGCGCAGGGGCGGCGGCGGCGGCGGGGACUGGUCGCCCGGCGCUGGGCUCAGUCUCCGCGGGGUCUCCCGCUCCCGGCGCUGCCACCGGAACCCGCCGCCAGGGGAGCGCACGCGCGCUGGGACCACGUGUCGGUCGCCGCCCCACGUCGUUCCCUCGCGGCGGCCGCCAGGGGGCGAUGGGACCCUGCCUCCCGAGCCCGGGGAGGGGCGGGGAGGACAAGGGGCGGGCCUGCGGCGGGCCGCCGGCUGCGCCUCCAGGACUGUCCUUUUCCGGGAAGAGCCAGCUUUUCUCGGAACGCAGUCCUGGGACUCUCCGCAGUGCCGGGACUCUCCGCAGUCCCGCCCCGCCUGGCCACUGCGCCUGGCGUUCCUGGGUCGUUAGAGGACAGGCCUGACUGCGAAGCUGUGCCUUGCCCCUCUCCCACCCGCGGUUUCUCACCCCGUUCUGCUCCCACGACGCCCCUCUACAGUCAUUGCCACAUUGGUGGGGACCUGGGACCCAGACCGGGAACCAGUCCAGAUAUCACCCCUGAGGACCCGUGCGCCACAUCCUAGGUGGUGGAAUCAGUGGCUGGAGGGACGACCCUUGCUCUCCAGACUGUUAACCUUUUCCGUUCCUCCCCCGGCACCCGCCCCUCCUCCCCAGUCACCCAGCUUGGGCGCCUCCAUGCGCCCAGAACUGCCUUCCAUUCAAUGGGGAACCGUUCUAUCCCCAAGAACCACUUCCCUGCUUGCACCCUGGAGAGAACAGCUUGACUCCCAUCAACUCAACGCUGGUGGAAAGACAGGGACCGAACCCUAGCUCAGGCCUGGUCAUUGCCUCCUCAGCACUCUCUCCUGGGAGGCCCUAGUUCUCGAGUGAGGGGUGGAUGGAACGUGGGGGCACCUGAUUCACCCUGUCUCCACUCCCCACAGUUUUAGGAUCUAAAUGAUUGCCUCUGGAACUAUUCUUCUAGACACAACAGAAUCACUGGGAAAUUUGAGUUUGCAGAUCCCACACCUCACCCUGAAUCCUCACUCAGGGUGGGGCCAGGAAUCUGCACUUUAACUAGUUGCGGGGAUUGUGGAGGCAGUAGCUGGCUGUCUUGUGGCAUUUCUGUGGCUCUGCAGUGUUCCCCCACCCCAGGACAAACAUCUUGAGGCCACAAUGACGACCUGACCCCCAUGGGUAGAGUCACUUAGGGGCCACUUCCUAAGUUGCUGUCCAGCCUCAGUGACCCCCUAGUGCUUCCUGGAGCUGAGGCUGUGGGCAGCUGUCCCAGCGACCAGGGAAGGAAUUCCCCCAAUUUCUCAUACAAACAGAUCAGCAUGAGGACAGAAGGCAGGAGACUUUGGUCAGUUACCUGGGAAUUCUGGGCUGCCAGGAAACGAUUUGGGCCUCUGUCAGUUUCUUUUCCAUGUAUGAGGAGGGGGAAAUUUGUAUAUUAGAAACUUAUUCAUCCCACUCAGGACAAUAAAAAUGAAUGGACAAA